GAGGACUGGCACUGUCUCAUGGGCCUCGACGCAUCGGGUGAGAUCGUGACGCGGAGGAUCAGCAUCUGCAGGCACAGCGAGCUGGACCAGGUGAGGGGCGCGCGCAUGCUCAUGUCCAUGUUCCUCGAGAUUGCCGACGUCGUCGUCCCGAUUGCCAAGUCGACGCUCAACAACGUCAAGAACUUCUCCUCUUGGCUUCUCGUGACCCUCAUCGGUCGCUCACUCGGGCUCGUGUACCGCGGCAUCCGCGAGAGCAUGAACCCCGCGAACAACAACGGGAACAGCAACUCCUCCACGCCUCGCUUCGCUUAAGCGCAGGGUGGAUUCCGAGUCUGUAAAUUGGGGAUCGGCCCAAAAGUGAUUUUUUAUCUCGGCGAGAGCUGCCGAACCAUUACGAGGCUUUUAAUGAUGCAUACCUUAUGUCC